AUGGACCGGUUCCCACAAGAUUACGUCGGCCAUAACCUGCCACUGUUGCUUCUUUCCGGACUGAACACGAGAAGCCCGAACGAGCCAGACGCGUCAGGAAAUACACAUGAAUUCUUGCAUGAAGGUGGAUUCAGAAUCAAGGUCGACGCUCCCGUGGUUGGCGGGUCUCUCGCAGAACAAGUUCUCCAAUCCUUCUGCGACCAGGAUGCCUCGGAGGUUCCCUGGCACUCCGGAGCUUUUGCAUUGCGGAACGCCAAAGUCUUCAAGAUUGCGACUGUAGGACGGGUCUUCACGCUUCCGCCUCGCAAAGCACCGCCUCCUCCCCAUUCCCCUCGCUUGUCGGCCGUUAAUGCAAACGGAAGUCCACCGGCCCCGUUGGUACUACACUCUCCUCUGUCACCGUUGACGCCUAGCUCACCAUUAUACCCCGAUGGCAUCGUAUCGCCUCUGUGGAUCACCAAACAUCAGACACGACUGCCCUGCGCUUUUCUGAGCUUCUUCUCACUCGGGUCGGACCCGAACACAAGUUCUCUUCAGGACAACAGGUUGAAGUCAGAGAUCAACAACGUGCGGAAUGUGUUGUCUUCGACAAAUUACAAGACCAGGCAUGUCGUGGUGCUAUUGGGAGACGGCAAUAUCAGCAUCCCCGACCUUGAGGAUCGUCUCGCCACCAUCCGACGUGCAACCGCCCUCGACUCCAGAAGCCUCUACUUUCUUGCCCAUAAUUCUUCGCCCGCCCAGGUUGUGGCGUUUGUGAAUAACGUUCUUUCAGCACUCCAUCCACUAUGUAUAGAAUACUACCGCGAUCUGUCCAAGCACACCCGGCGCAAGCGCAAUCGAAGCGCCAUUCCUCUGCCCACAGUCCAGCCAGGGACCUCCAACAUCUUGUCUUUACAAGGUUGGAAUGUUCGAUAUGAAUUCAAGCUUGGUGUAUUUGCUGAGUUCCGGCAAGAAAUGGAUGCCGCUUGUCGAAAUUACGAGACUGCGUAUGAUAGUUUGUUCGCUCCUGAGAUUAUAGAUGGCAUUGCCGCAUGGAGCCCGCGCUUCAAUGAAGCCAGGUUGUUAGCCGACGUCAUAGCCUUUCGCACCAUCCGUUGUUUGUUGUGGACAGACCAGGGUACGACAGCGGUCAGAUCUUGGAUCACUCACCGUGAUCGGACGGCUGAUUUGGUCAAUCGGAGAGGUAAGGGAACAGCCAACUACGGAUGGGAGGCGUGGCAAACUGCCUGGGCGAAGAUCAUGGCGGAUCUCCUAUCCCGGUCAGAAUAUCCUCUUUUGAAUCUGAAGCUUCCAAAUACGUCUGGAUUGCUUCCGAUCUACGUCAGUGCAGAGAGGUCGCCUCCCAUGGGCGAGAGGUUGACUCCAUGGGAACAGUUGCAUCACCAGGGAUAUUGGCUGGAUAGCGCAAAGAACUCCAUUCUUGCUCGUCGAAAGUGGGCAUUACAAAUUCCCGAGGAAGAUCGCCAGCCACCAGGUCGCUCCCCCGCUUCCAUUGUUGCUAGCAAGGCCCAGCUUUACGACACAUACCUUGCUCUUGAGCCAUAUCGGGAGGUGCCAGGCGAUGGGAGUCCCGGGCACGAUUAUGCCCAAGAAAUUGCAACAACACUGGAAGACGCUAUUACUUGUUUUCGCCAUCGGGGCCAACUUCGCAAGAUUGAUAUACUCAAACUCCAAAUCGCCUUCCAGCAGAUUGAAACCCAGUCAUGGGCAGCAGCCACAUCCACUUUGCAAGAGCUGUGGUUCAGCCAGCACUGGAGACAGGCAGGAUGGUGGAAGCUCCUACAAGGCCUUGGCUGGGCGCUUCUUGAUACCCUCGCUCGCGUCGAGAACGGUGAGUUGUUAGUCCGACUGCUUUGGGAAUUGACGAAUGAGGUUUUUGAUCGAAAGCCGAACACAAACUAUGAUCUGCGGCAAGCACUGGCGUCUUACAGCCUGGGAAAUGGCAGCCUGUCUAUUGCGGUAGAUGUUGACGAAGCUCUGUCGCCGUUGACAGCCACAUUCGCUUUCUCAACCCACGAUGUAUUCGUUGGGGAGUCACUGGAAUGCCAGUUGGCUAUUCAGUCUCGGGCGCAGAUUGGCCUUCCUGCAAUCCGCCUCUCUGAGGUCAAAGUCGUAUUUGAUGGCAGUUUGAAACCCAUCUACCUAACCGCCAAAGAUGGCGAGGACGCUGAGGUUCACAACGGCGCCUCCACUACUCACUUCGUGGAUGUCAACUUGCACGAAACUCCAUCAACGUCGUUGUCUGGGACUAAAAGGUCGUCUACUACUGCAAUCGCUCCCCAAGCAGGCAAUGCUAAUCUAUCCAUUCGGUCGAGCCAUACAAAGAUCUUCAGAAUGCGUGUCACUCCACGAGAGCCAGGAGACGUAUCCGUUGCUUCCAUCACACUGAUACUCAACGAUCAGAAAUUCACUCUUGCUGCCACGUGCUUCGACUUCUCCCACACUGUUGCGCAAUGGUGGGAGACAAAAGAGGGUAUGCCGGUUCCUCGAACUUUAGGACGCGAGUCGAAUGCGUUCAAUACGAUUCACAUACAACCGAAACCACCCAAACUGAAGCUGGAAGCUCCUGGUUUGAGAAGGUCCUACUACACUAAUGAGUCCAUUACAAUUGACUUUGACAUCACCAAUGAAGAGGCUGACGAUGUGUUGGUUGUGCUCGAGGCGCGCCUGAUCAGCCCCAUUGAAGGAGCGACACAGGUCGACUGGGCCGGAAAUGGGGCAGAUACUGCUUCAGCAACACGUUCAGCACCGGGAAUCAUGACAUUGCCAGCUCGCGAAAUGGGCACAAUCUUGUCAUCCGACAAAGCAUCCGCUUCCAUACGUAUCACGGGCACCACCAUCGCAGUUGAUCACGAGCUUGAACUUACGGCCACUUACCGUCUGGUUUCCGAGCAGGAAACAACUCUCGCGAAGAUGAUCACGGUUGACGUUGGAGUGAUCCGUCCUUUUGAAGCCAACUACGACUUCGCUCCGCGUUUAGACACGGAUCCCUGGCCAAAUUUCUUCGAUGCGCCCCAACCAAGCUCGGAGACGGCCACCCCGUCGGGGCUGAGACAUCUGUACUCAGUAGCAGCUAGCCUCUAUUCCUUUGCGGCAGAAGGCCUCGUGAUUGAAGCAAUCCUCCUGAAAGCCAUCAAAAUUGUGGGAGGGGCAGUCUGUUCGUCGGGUACUGGUAUAAUUCGAUCAAAGGCAGAAUCAGGCACUGCAGCCGCAGCCGCAGAACAAACCGGCAAGGAGAACAUCUCGACGGUGAUCAUGCCUGACCAGACUGAAAUAUUCGACUUUGACCUCACUCUACAGAAACUGGUCCUUGGAGAUCGACAUACCGUGGCCGUCGAUUUGGAACUGGAGAUCGGUUGGCGUAGAAAUGAUUCGGGUGAAGUCAAUACCACUGUGCUCGAAGCAGCCCGUCUUGUCGCACCAAUGGCUGAACCCAGGGUUAUACUGACUGCUUCGGCACCUGGAUUGGGAGUGCCCGGCGCGGGAGUGUACAAGUUGUCCUUCACCAUUGAGAAUUCGAGCAUGCAUUUCCUUACCUUCAAUGCAUCCAUGGAGGCAAACGAAGACUUCGCCUUUAGUGGCCCAAAAGCGUGCGCAAUAAACUUGGUUCCCCUCAGCAAGCAGACCAUGACCUACCGAAUUUUACCAAACAAGAGGGACGAAUGGAUUGGUGUGCGUCUGAAUGUGGUAGAUGCGUACUUUGGACAGACACUAAAAGUAUUACCCGGCGGGAAAGAUGUCAAAGUCGAUAAGCAAGGCAAUCUGCUGGUUAAAGUCUGA